AUGGGCUGGGAGCCCACCUCGCCAUCCCCCCAUCCCCACGUUCCGCCCGCCGGGGUGUGGUGUCCGGCCGUAACCUUCUUCAACCAUGGCACCGACCAAUUGGACCUCUUGUCGCAGUCCAAGUACUUUGCCCACCUGGCGCAGUCCGGGCUGACGGGGAUUGUCGUCCUGGGCACCAGCUCCGAGGGCUUUCUUCUCACCAGGGAAGAACGCUUCCUGGUCAUGACGACGGCCCGCAAAACGGUUGGCCCGGCUUUUCCGCUCAUGGCCGGCGUUCGGGCUCAUUCGACAAAGCAGACAUUGCAGUUUGCGGAGGAUGCGGCCAAGGCUGGCGCCAACUAUUUGCUUGUGGCGCCGCCGGGAUGCUUUGGCAAGGUGACGAGUAUGAACGUGGUCCAGAGGUUCUUCGUUGAAGUUGCAGCCCGAUCUCCUCUCCCCGUUGUCAUUCACAAUUCCCCCGACGUCUGCAACGGGCUUGACAUUGGCUCGGAGACAAUUGUAUCCCUUUUUCGCGAGAGUGCCGCUUCUCAUCCAAGCGGCAGGUCCAACAUUGUAGGAGUGAAGCUUACAUGUGGCUCUGUCGGGAAAAUCACCCGGCUCUCGGCCACGCUGGGUCCGGGGCAGUUCUCAACCUUUGGCGGGCAGUCGGACUUCCUCAUCGGCGGGCUGGUGGCCGGGAGUUCGGGAUGCAUCGCAGCGUUUGCAAACGUCUUCCCCAUGCUGACGGCCAGGAUAUACGCCCUUUACAAGCAGGGCCGGAUAGACGAGGCCGUCAGGUUGCAAAAGGUAGUAGCAUUGGCAGAGAGUCCUUGCAAAGGCGGCAUAGCACCGACAAAGUUUGCCGUUGCGUGUUAUUCGGCCAAAGCUGCCGGCAUCGAGAACGCAGAAGAGAAGCUAGAACCGAGACACCCAUGCGACCCGGUCGGGGAGCCGCAAAAAAAGCAAGUAAGGGAAUCGAUGGUGGAGGCAGCAGUGAUGGAGCAAAUUUUACGAAAUAGAAUCCAAUACCGAUAA